CCGGUGAUGGACAAACUGUGUAGCCAAAUAGAGCGCUGCGAUCGGAAUGAUAAACAUUAGAAUAAAAGGAGCGCGUUUGGUUCCCACAUGACAAAAUGUCCGUGGCAUUUACACCCGCGCGCCCCAGGACUAAAGGGGAGGUGACACAGCAAGCGAUCCAAAAGAUGCUGGAUGAAAAUAAUCAUCUAAUUCAAUGUAUUAUGGAUUGCCAAAGCAAAGGAAAGACUGCUGAAUGCACACAGUAUCAGCAGAUCCUGCACAGAAAUCUUGUGUACUUGGCCACAAUAGCAGAUUCGAAUCAGAACAUGCAGUCACUACUACCUGCACCUCCCACUCCCAACAUGGCAAUGGGUCCUGGAGGGAUGGGCCAGAGUGGGGGGCACGCUCCAAACAACCUCAAUGACGCCCUGGCACCAGGACUGCCCCCCACGUCCAUGAUGCAGAGCCAAAUGAGCAACGGCUCUAGCCACGCCCCCAUGCAGCAGCAGCACGCCGCUCAGGUGCAGGCGGCCAUUCCCCCCGCGGGCGGCUACGGCAGCUCGGCCUCGGCGUCCGGCUACGGCCGCGCCGCGCCUUCCUCUCGGGGCAACGGGCCCGGUUAUGGCUCUUCCUCCUCCUCUUCCUCCACCCGCGGCAACCUCAACAUGCAAUCCAACCAAGUCUCCAUGAUGCACCAACAGUCCGCUUCGCCGCACUACUCCUCGGCCCAGCUGGGGGGUCAGCACUACCAGGGGCAGCAGGCCAUGAUGGGGAACGGCAUGAUGCCUCAGAGACCCCCGGGAUCCUACCGCUCCGCACAGCCAGGUCACGGCGAGUACUCGUAUCAGCAGUCUCCGUACGGCGAGCAAGGCUACGACAGAUCCUUCGACGACUCCUCGCAGCAUUACUACGAAGGAGGCAACUCCCAGUACAGUCAGCAGCAGGCCCAGUACCAGCAGGGAUCCGGCCAGCAGCCUUUCACCCAGCAGCAGUAUUCCUCUCAGCAAGGCUACGGGGGACAGCCACAAGGAUACGGUGCAGGCCAGGCUGGAUCCUCUCAGUAUCCUCAGUACCAGCCGGGUCAGGGCGGACAGUACGGAUCGUACCGCUCCUCUCAGGGAGGCUCCGGGGCGCCGACGCAAAGGCCCUACGCGUACGAAACGGGUCAGUAUGGGAAUUAUCAGCAAUAAAGCAGCAGGAAGGGAACGGAGAGAAGAACGAUACGCCCGCUGCCUCUCGUUAAUCACCAGUAGGAUACACACUCAAAUCCGAUGCUUUCCACGUUUGCUUUGCUCACUGCAGGGAUGGGGUUGUUCAGCACUGAACAGUCAGGGGGCUUUAAUGGAAUAAAAGGAGUUCCCGAUGGAUUAAAUAGGCUCCUAAAAAGGGAGCACUUGAUUCAAUGAGCCUGAACAAAUUGCCUGUAUUCUUCUUUUUUUUUUUCUUUC